AUGAGAUGUUUUAUAUGUAGUGGUAAUCAUCACAUUCUGGUACAUAUCGACAACCAAGUUCGAUCACCGACCGCGGUGACCACCGGUUCGAGUAGCGCCCACACUAACACGAGUGCGUUCGUGGGAGAGGCUCGUGGCCCGUGCGUGGUGCUGCUCGGGACGUGUAUGGUGCGUAUGCAGGACUCUAGUGGCACGUUCCAUCUAGUUAGAGCCCUGAUCGAUAGCGGCGCUCAGGACUGCUUCAUCACUAUGAAAUGCACAAAGAGACUUGGUUUUCAAUUGCGUGGAUGCACCACAACUGUGGCUGGACUUGGACAACAGUCUGUGUGUCAAGUCAAGGGAGUGACUCAAUGCUCUAUACGCCCGUGUGAUUCGAAUGACCCGCUAUUUGAUAUUAAUCCUAUAGUCAUCGAUAGCAUUACUUCUAAAACGCCAACCACUGAUAUUCCUCUAGCGGUUCGAGAUUGUUAUAAACACUUAGUAUUAGCGGACCGUGACUUUGACAAACCGUCUGAUGUUGAUUUAUUGCUAGGUGCUGAAUUAUUUCAUCACAUCUAUGACGGCCGUGUCAUUCACCCAGAGCCCGGCUAUCCUGCUGCUUUACAUAGCGUCUUUGGUUGGGUUCUCUCAGGACCCACCAAUGUGGACAGUCCGGUAAAAUCGGUUGGCACUUCGUUAAUUACUUCAACCAAUUUAUUGGAGAAGAUGAUGAAACGAUUUUGGGAAGUCGAGGAACCGCCUCAUCAACAUAUACCUGCUCCAGAAGAUGAGAAGGUCGGACGCCUAGACUAUAAAAAUGUCCAAAGAACGUGUUUAUCACAUAUUAAAUCAAGAUUCAGGCAUGAGAAAGCUGUCAGUGCGUUGGAUGCCGCGUUUGCUCACAUUAGACCAAAAACGUGUUCGAAUGAACAUUUGCAACGCUCUGUUAGCGCAGGUUAG